AUGGCUGUCAAAAUGGAAUCGGAUAUCAAUUCAAAUCUUAUUCCUUCAAAAGUUCUGAGGUCGGAUUUUAGUACAGUCGGAAAUGUAUUUUUAGUGUUGUUAGACUUUAAACCGGAUACUGUAAACAGAAAAAGCAAGUUUACUCUGAAGACAAUUAUUCUAGUCGCAAUUCUCUUUUGGUUACUUGUAUCUUUAUCCGUACAUGCUGGCUAUGAAAGUGAAAGCGAGGUGUAUUAUAAUAGUUCAUCGCAUAAAAUAAAGAUUUCCAUCGAUAAAAAGUUUCUUAUUCCGAACGAGUAUUUCUGUCAAAUUCACACUCCGUAUCUCUUAGUUAUUGUACCUUCUAGAAUAGAGAGUUUCAAAGUGCGCGAGGUCAUCCGGGAAACUUAUGCGUCAUUAUCACGUGACAGAGUUUCUGAAGUCUUUGGACAAAAAAUUGACGUUGUGGUAAGGACGUUAUAUGUAAUUGGUACAAAUGAUAACGGAACGACCGAGAAAAGUGUUUUCUUUGAAAAUAUGAAAUAUAGAGAUAUUUUACAAGUAGAUAUAGCUGAUACUUAUUACAACCUAACUGAUAAAAUGCUCCAUGCAUUGAAGUGGAUUGAUUUAUAUUGCAAACAUGUCACUUAUAUUCUUAAAGCAGAUGAGGAUGUAUUUGUUAAUAUCGGCAUUCUAGUAGAACAGCUCAAACGCUACAUUCCAUCCGAGAAAGGCAGUAUUUACGGACACAUAUUUGAUACACCUAAUCACCUUGGAGUUCUAAGAGAUGGACGAUGGGCGGUGACCCAUGAGGAAUAUCCUCUUGAGAACUAUCCACCAUAUGCUCAAGGAACGUCAUACACUAUGUCUAAAAACCUUGUGCGAAAAAUAAUUCAUUCAGCUCAGAAUUUUCCUUACUUACAUAUAGAAGAUGUUUUUAUUACGGGGAUUGUUGCGGGAAAAAUACACAAAGCCGAAUUAGUCAAAUUAAAUAAAACAUCAAAAUGGGGAGACGGUUUACCAAGUCCCUGUGGAUUUGCAAAGAAUCAACGCUUGGCACAACAUAGAAUGACGCCCCACUUAAUGUAUCAAACUUGGAAAGCUCUGAUGUCGUAUCAAAUUACUUGUAUGACAUACAGGGGACGCACAAUGAAGCAUUAGAGAGGUUGAAGUUACAAGCAAAUAUUAAGGUAUAUGACCUAACUCGUAUACUGAUUAGACAUAUUUCAGCCUUAAGAGAAAACACUAUAUCUUUGCAACCGGAGAAUGCCGAAGUCGUUUACGGAGAAUGCCGAAGUCGCAUACGGAGAGUUCCGAAGUCAAACGAAUUAUGUCGGCAGGGGUGAACUUUGAAGUUUUAUGUAUUGGACAGUAUA